GGAAGAGGAAGUCGGAGCCGGCGGCGCUGCAGGGCGCUCGGCGGGCCCGGAGCCGGCGCAGCGCAGCCGCCGCUUCCCUGCCGCCCCGCGCGCGCCCCGCGCCGGGAGCCGCCCCUUUCCGGAACCACAAGCGGCUGUGCCAAGUAGAGCUCACCGACAGAAGAGCCAGCCUUCAAGUAAUUAAGAGGUGACUACAUGUUCGGCUUGAGAUUGCUCAUGCUGAUGAAAAGCAACAGAUGCUUUCGCAAAGAUGAUGGAAAUAUAGGCUAACCGUCAUCCUAGCGAGGGGACCCAGGUGAAGACUGGAAGUGAGCAGUGGCUGGAAGUGAAGAAGUUAGGAGUCUGUGGGUGAAGACUUCGGCAAAACUUCAACUAUAAAAAUGCGCACCAGUUGCAUCUUGAAGCGCCAGCAGCUGUAACAGAAGUUCCAGACCCCAGGACCACAGCCAGCCCUUCCAGCUCCCAAGACCUGAAGGCCAUGGAGCUCUCUGACAGCGACCGGCCCGUCAGCUUCGGCUCCACGUCGUCCUCGGCCUCUUCCCGGGACAGCCAUGGUUCCUUCGGCAGCAGAAUGACCCUAGUUUCCAACAGCCACUUGGGCUUAUUUCCCCAGGAUAAGGAAGCGGGGGCCAUAAAGCUGGAGCUGAUUCCAGCCAGGCCGUUCUCCAGCAGCGAGCUGCCGACGGAUGGCCCAGCCGCGCCUCAGAACCUGCACCAGGGCAGUGAAAGGCAGCCCCGGGCCCAGCGGAGAGGGGAGCCCAGCGGGGCCACGAGAACGGGUGCAGAGUCGGCCACCAGCCCCAAGCUCCUCUACGUGGAUCGAGUUGUUCAGGAAAUUCUGGAGACCGAAAGGACUUACGUGCAAGAUUUAAAAAGCAUCGUAGAGGAUUACCUUGACUGCAUCAGGGACCAAACGAAACUUCCUCUGGGGACAGAAGAAAGAUCAGCCCUUUUUGGAAACAUACAGGAUAUCUACCACUUUAAUAGUGAACUUCUGCAAGAUUUGGAAAACUGUGAAAACGAUCCUGUGGCCAUCGCAGAAUGUUUCGUGUCCAAGAGUGAAGAGUUCCACAUUUACACCCAGUACUGCACUAACUACCCCAGAUCAGUGGCUGUGCUCACAGAGUGCAUGAGGAACAAGAUGCUGGCCAAAUUCUUCCGGGAACGUCAGGAAACUUUGAAACACUCCCUGCCUCUGGGCUCCUAUCUCUUAAAACCAGUUCAGCGGAUUCUCAAGUAUCAUCUGCUUUUGCAUGAAAUAGAAAAUCACCUUGACAAGGACACAGACGGCUAUGACGUGGUGCUUGAUGCUAUAGACACGAUGCAGCGAGUGGCCUGGCACAUCAAUGACAUGAAGCGGAAACAUGAGCACGCAGUCCGGUUACAGGAGAUACAGAGUUUGCUCACUAACUGGAAGGGGCCGGACCUGACCAGCUACGGGGAACUGGUGCUCGAGGGAACCUUCCGCCUCCAGCGGGCCAAGAAUGAGAGGACCCUCUUCCUCUUCGACAAGCUGCUUCUCAUCACGAAGAAGAGAGACGACACAUUUACAUACAAAGCUCACAUCCUGUGUGGCAACCUCAUGCUUGUGGAGGUGAUACCCAAGGAGCCGCUCAGCUUCAGCGUCUUCCACUAUAAGAACCCCAAGCUGCAGCACACAGUUCAGGCUAAGUCCCAACAAGACAAACGCCUGUGGGUUCUGCACCUGAAAAGACUGAUCCUGGAGAAUCAUGCGGCAAAGAUUCCGGCUAAGGCCAAGCAAGCAAUACUUGAAAUGGAUGCCAUUCAUUAUCCAGGCUUCUGUUACAGUCCUGAUGGAGAGACGAAAGCAUUUUGCGGUUCUAAAGAUGGGUCUGCCCCGUAUCGGCUGAGAAGAAAGUCUGAACCUUCCUCAAGAUCACAUAAAGUUUUGAAGACAAGUGAAACAGCACAAGACAUCCAAAAGGUUUCCAGAGAAGAAGGGUCUCCCCAGCUGACUUCAGCAGGGCCAUCUCCCGCCCAGAGGAACAGCCAGCCAAGUGGUUCUGCCUUUAUCAGCGUGCUUCGCGGGGGUGGAGCCGUCAGAAACAUCUGGACGGACCACCAGAUCAGGCAAGCCUUGUUUCCCAGCCGACGGUCCCCACAGGAGAACGAGGAUGAUGACGAUGAUUAUCAGAUGUUUGUGCCAUCCUUUUCCUCUUCGGAUUUGAACUCGAGCAGACUGUGUGAAGACAGCACUUCGAGUCGCCCUUGCAGUUGGCAUAUGGGACAGAUUGAGUCCACAGAGACCUCCAGCUCUGGCCACAGGGUUGUUAGGCGGGCCAGCAGUGCUGGUGAGAGCAACACGUGCUCUCCUGAAAUAAGAAUUAGGGACAGUGAUGGCUCUCACUACAGCCCCCGAAGGGAACUGCAGAAUGACCCUAAAACAGAAGGGCAGGAUGGAAUGACUCCCUUUGGGUCAUCUAUAGAGUUGACUAUUGAUGAUAUAGACCAUGUCUAUGAUAACAUAAGUUACGAGGACUUAAAAGUAAUGGUUGCUAAACGGGAAGAGGCUGAAUCCACUCCCCUCAAAUCAGCCAGGGACUCUGUUCGCCCCAAGAGCACCCCGGAGCUAGCUUUCUCAAAGAGGCAAGCCGGCCAUGAGAAGAGCUCUCUGCACACCAAGAGAGAUGGAGCUCUCACGGGUCCAGAGGCCUUGAACCAAAGCACACAUGAGCUCCAGGUGGUUGAGGAGAACAUUUAUGAUACUAUCAGGGUCCCAGAUCCCCCCUCCCUGGAUUUCAAAUGUAGCAGCCUAAAGCGGGCCAAAAAGAGCACCUUCUUGGGUCUGGAGGCCGACUUUGCAUGCUGUGACAGUCUGAGGCCCUUUGUUUCCCAGGACAGCCUCCAGUUCAGCGAGGACGAGACACCUUACCACCAGGUACCCUCUGAUCGUGAUUAUUUGAGUUUGCUGUAUAGCUCUUCCAGCUGCAACUUGUCUGUGACCGAUAAGUCUAUAUCUGAUAAACUGUCUGAAGAAGUGGACGAAAUCUGGAAUGACUUGGAGAAUUACAUCAAGAAAAAUGAGGACAAAGCCAGAGACCGGCUCCUCGCAGCAUUUCCUGUUAGCAAAGAUGACGUGCAGGACAGGCUGCAUGCCGAGAGCACCCCUGAGCUGAGCAGAGACGCGGGGCGGUCCGUGUCCAUGCUCUCCCUUCCCGAGAGCCACACUUUCCUGUCACAGCGGAAAGACAGGCCUGGCAGAGCCAGCCGGGCCCACUGCCCAUUCGAAGAUGACCUGAUUUCUAAAGAAGGCUCCUUUAUGAGUCUAAACCGGCUCUCCCUGGCCAGUGAGAUGCCUUCCAUGGAAAAUACCUAUGACUUGGCCACCAGCAGUCUCUCCCAAACAGACCUGGAAACCCCUGAGCCUGGGAUGGAUGCCACAGAUAAGACAAAAAGCAGGGUUUUUAUGAUGGCCAGGCAGUACAGCCAGAAGAUCAAGAAAGCAAAUCAGCUUUUAAGAGUGAAAAGCCCAGACUUGGAGCGGCCUCCGGCCAGCCAGCAGCAUAAAUCUGUGCCCAAAGAUCUGGCAGCCAUCUUAGAAGACAAGAAGCAAGGAGGGCCUGCCAUCGGUGCCAGGAUUGCUGAGUAUUCCCAACUGUAUGACCAGAUCGUGUUCAGAGAGCCUUCCUGUGAGACUCGGAGGGAGGACUGGACCAGCCCUCAAGACUCCUCCACCCUCACGUCUACAUCGCCUUCCCAGGCCCAACAUGGGAGCCAGGAUUGGCUUCUGCAUUCGACCUAUAGUAAUGGAGAGUUAGCAGAUUUCUGUCUCCGACCAGAGCAAGACUUGAAGUCAAAAUAUUCCACUUUUGAGAUCAGUCCAAAAAGUACUCCAAGACAGUUGUCCACCGCUUGCUCCGUGCCUUCUCUUCAAACCUCUGACCCUCUGCUGGGCUCCAUACAGAGACACAGCGUGGUGGUCAGUCAACCCAACAAAGAGAACUCCCUUCAGGGCUAUCCUUACAACUCUUUGGGUCGGAAAGGAAUCAGUGCUAAAUCUCAGCCUUAUAACAGGUCCCAGUCCUCUUCCUCCAUCUUAAUAAACAAGUCAGUGGACUCCAUCAACUACCCUAGUGAAAUGGAAAAGAAACAGCUGCUGUCUUUACACAAAAGUUCCAGGUGUGACAGUCACCAGGAUUUGCUGCCAGGUAUCGCUGACUCAUGUCAACAGGGCCCUGAAAGACGCUCAGAUCUCACCCUCCAAGACUCACAGAAAGUUCUGGUGGUAAAUAGACAUUCACCUUUAAAUGCCCAAAUAGCUACACAGAACUAUUUCUCCAAUUUCAAAGAGACUGAAGGAGAUGAAGAUGACUAUGUGGAGAUAAAGUCAGAGGAAGAUGAGUCAGAGUUGGAGCCAUGUGACAACCGUAGGAGGAAAUCUGACCCAAAGAUGGUAGAUGCCGACUUUCCUGAUGUCUGCAGCAACAACACCGCUUACUCUUUGAAUAGUCCAUGUACUCCAAAGAAACCAAUAAGCGGCAAACUUGGGAUUUCACCAUAUCUGACGUCAUACAACGAUUCUGACAAACUGAAUGACUAUCUCUGGAGGGGCCCAUCUCCCAAUCAGCAAAAUAUUGUCCAGUCUCUGAGGGAAAAAUUUCAGUGUCUUAGUUCAAGCAGCUUUGCCUGAGAUUCUUAAUAGCAGCUGCCUGAAUUAAUUUCUUAUCAUGCUCAUACAUUACAGACACUGAGAGGUGUUUUAUAUGUACCAGAUUAAAACAAUUUUGUAAUAACCUGAGGUGUAAAAUAUACUUUCUUUUCACAGCACGACUUUUUGAAAUGGCUGCCCAUCCAGCCAGGAUUGUACUGUAACAGAUGUCAGUAGCUCACAGUGUGUUUUCUGAUACUGAUUGUCUUCAUGUUUCAUGUAAGUCAAUCUCACUCGAAAAUUUUUAGGCUUUUUUUUUUUUUUUUUGCUUGAGGAAGAUUAGCCCUGAGCUAACAUCUGUGCCAAUCUUCCUCCAUUUUAUAUGUGGG